UACGAGUGACACCUGUCGCUUAAACGCGAUUCGAGGCCUUCUGAGAAGCAAUUGGGUAAGUUCGGAUGUGUUCGACACGAUGGCCUUGCCGUGUCGUUGAAAAAAGGACGAAGUAACAGAUGGACACUUGUAAGUCCAGGCUAAGUGGCCGUGGGAAUGGAAACUGGCCCCGACUUGUCUCUUGCCACCAUAAGGAUCCACCAAACCUUCUCAGUUCGCUAUUCCUGCAUGGAUACCAUGCAAUUUUGUGCGCCACAGCCCUAUUCUUCCCUUGAAAUUUCUUGCAGCGAUGCCACGGAGCUCAUCUCGUUAUACGGAACGGCAUGCGGUAGUAGGAAUCAGCAAACUAUGAGCGAAGAACCUUCUCGCGAAGAGCACGACACCCAGCCUCAGUUGCGCCACCGUAUUUUUCCCUCUCUAUCUCAGCAAUGGAAAAGAGCAAGUCUACCUGAUACCAAAGAGUGACAUUUUCGCGGCCCUGAUAACCUAAGCGUUCAAGAUUCAUUUUUGUUAUUACGAAUAAGGAUGCUCUUGUAGGUUCAUAAAGUCGGUGUUGCUAAGGGUCAGAAGUUCAUGCCCUGUUUGAGCGACUAU